AUGAGGAGGAGCAGCUACCAGCUGUGCCUGUUCUGUUACGACCGCCUCAAAACCGAGUUCUCCAACCGCUGCCCAAACUGCCGGGUGGAGUACGACAGCGACUUCCAGGCAGGGCUGCGCAGGAGGCAGGAGCGCGUGGCGCAGCUGCAGCGCGAGGCCACCGCGCAAGCAGAGGCGGCCGCCCUGGCAGCCAAGGCCGCUCCCGCGGCGGCCGGGGAGCGGCCGGGUGGCAAGCACGUGCAGCCGCCGCCGCCGCCGCCGCCGCCGCCGCCGCGCGCGCAGCAGUCGCCGCGGCGCGACCUGCGCAUCGGGCAGGAGCAGCUGUGGCCGUCCCUUGGAGCCGCGCCGCAGCAGCUGCCCCUCCACACGCAGCCACAACCCCAGCCGCACACGCCACCCGCCCAGCGGCAAGCGCCAGAGGCGUGCGCCCUCGGGCUGGGCUCCCCACCGCAGCUAGCCGCCCUGCUGCCGCAGCCGGCCUCCUCCUCCGCUGAGCAGGAGGCCAGCAGCAGCAGCAGCGCCGACACAGCGGCCACCACGCCGCAGUCGCCAGUCAGCAGCGUGGUGUGCUUCCGCGCGCUGCCGCCGCCGGGUUGCGCCGCCAGCAAGCCGGCGGCACCGCCCGCGGCGGCGGCGCCAGUGCAGGGGCGGUGCGCCGUGGUGCUGCAGCGCGGCGGCGGGCUGGGCGUGGAUUCAGACCCCGAGGGUGCCAGCCUGGCCGCCAGUCUGCAGGAUGCGGUGCGUGCCGGCAGCCUGAGCGUGAAGCAGGCGGCCGCCAGCCUGGCCUCCUACCUGCGCCAGAGCCAGCUGCUGCAGGCCGCGGCGCUGGGCGGCAGCGCCAGCUCCAGCCCCGCCCGCGGCAGCCACCAGCCCAGCAGCGCCGGCAGCACGGGGGCGGGCGGCCCGGGCAUCACGCCGUUCACCCUGGGUGCAUGCGCAGCCGACUGCGCCACAGGCCUGCUGGGCGGCGAGGCCAGCCUGAUGCUGCCCAGCGACAGCGGGUUCAGCGCCACCACCAGCGCCAGCCUGUCGCACUGGGCGCCCAGCGCCGCCAGCAGCCUAUGCAUGCCGCCAGGCCUGUUUGGCGGCGGCACCGCUGCCGCCGCCGCCUGGCCGCCGCAGGCGCAGCCCAGCGCGGCGGCGGCCUCGCCGCUGGCGGCCUCCCCUGUGCGUGACAACGGCAAGAUGCCGCUGUUCCUGCGCCGCGGCUCGAUACCCGUGGCCCCGUCGCUGGGCAGCCCCAGCAGCGCGGGCGGGCCGUCCAGCCCCUCCAGCGCAGCCAGCUUCCCCGGCUUCCCCUCCGGCUCCAGCAGCCCCACCGCGGAGCUCAAGCGCAUGAUGGCGCCGCCCCCCGGCUUCGGUCCCACCCCGCUGGGCAGCACCGGCAUCGCGACGCUACCACGCUUCCGCUGA